UGGGCAUUAAUUAUUGAACUGGCUGAGGGGUGGGCUUGUCUUUCCCCUGCAGUAACAGAGGACACAGAGAAUGCAAACCUUUACUUGGGAAAUAAGGGAGCCAGGUUUCUACCGAAACUUGAGAUUUACUGAAACUUUAAGAACUGGAUGAGAUUCAUUCAGUAGCUUUUCAAGAAAUCUGCUUUGGGGGAUAAUUUUGGGUUCAAGAUGUUUGCUGUGCAUUUGCUAUCCUUUUAUUUUUCAAAACUGAAAGAAGACCAGAUUCAAAAGGUGGACAAGUUCCUGUAUCACAUGCGCCUCUCGGACGAGCAGCUGCGAGACAUCAUGAUGCGUUUCCGGGUGGAGAUGGAAAAGGGCCUGUCAAGGGACACCAACCCCACAGCCACAGUUAAGAUGCUGCCCACGCAUGUCAGGUCCACCCCGGAUGGAUCAGAGAAGGGUGACUUUCUCGCUCUGGAUCUUGGCGGGUCUAAGUUCAAAGUGCUUCGGGUGAAGGUAUCAGAUGAUGGGAAGCAGAGAGUUGAAAUGGAAAGUCAGCUUUACCCAACCCCAGAGGAGAUCAUGAGCGGCAAAGGGACAGAUUUGUUUGAUCACGUAGCUGAAUGUCUGAAGCAUUUUAUGGAGAAGCAACAUAUGAACACGAAGAGACACCUCCUAGGAUUCACCUUCUCCUUUCCCUGCAAUCAAACCAAACUAGAUAAGGGUGUGCUGUUAUCAUGGUCUAAACAUUUCAAAGCCAGAGGAGUACGAGGCACAGAUGUGGUGGACUCCUUGCGGAAGGCUAUCGACAAAACUGGGGGCAUGGACGUGGAUGUUUUGGCCUUGGUAAACGACACUGUAGGGACAAUGAUGGCCUGUGGAUAUGACGAUCAGUACUGUGAAGUUGGUGCCAUUAUAGGUACGGGUACCAAUGCGUGUUACAUGGAGGAGAUGAGACACAUUGAUCUGGUGGAAGGGGACGAGGGGAGGAUGUGCAUCAACACUGAGUGGGGAUCAUUCGGGGACGAUGGCUCGCUGGAAGACAUCCGCACCGAGUUCGACAGAGAUAUUGACUUGGGAUCCAUCAACCCUGGGAAACAACUGUUUGAGAAGCUGAUUAGUGGAAUGUACAUGGGGGAGCUGGUAAGAAUCAUUCUGGUGAAGAUGGCCAGGAAAGGUCUGCUGUUUCAGGGCAGGAUGUCAGACGCACUGUGCAUCAAGGGCAAGUUCCAGACCCAAUACGUGGCUGAAAUAGAAAAAUAUAAGGAGGGUCUGAGUAACGCUAAGGCAAUCCUAACUGAUCUGGGACUCAGCCCUUCAGAGGAUGACUGCAUUGCCGUCCAGCAUGUCUGCACUGUCGUCUCAUUCCGCUCAGCCAAUCUGUGUGCUGCAGCUUUAGCCGCAAUUCUUAAUCGUCUGCGAGAGAAUAAAAAACUCAAGUGCCUCAGGACUACUGUCGGUAUGGAUGGAACAGUCUACAGAACUCAUCCACAGUAUGCUAAGCGUUUACACAAGGUGGUGAAGUGUCUGGUACCGGACUGCCACGUGCGGUUCCUGCUCUCAGAGAGUGGAAGUGGGAAGGGUGCUGCCAUGGUAACGGCGGUGGCGUAUCGGCUGGUGUCUCAGCGCAAGCAGAUCGAUGAGACCCUUGCUCCAUUCAGACUGUCCCCCCAGCACCUGCAGGAUGUGAAGGACAAGAUGAGAGUUGAACUGGAGCGUGGGCUGAAGAAGGACACGCAUCACAGCGCAAGCGUCAAGAUGUUGCCAUCGUACGUCUGCGGGCCACCAGAUGGGACAGAAAGAGGAAAGUUUCUUGCUUUGGACCUGGGGGGUACCAAUUUCCGAGUACUUCUGGUCAAAAUCUACAGUGGUCUGCGCAAAUCCAUCCGAAUGUACGACAAGAUUUUCGCCAUCCCUUUGGAAAUCAUGCAGGGAACUGGUGAAGAGCUUUUCGAUCACAUCGUUCACUGCAUCUCUGACUUCCUGGAUUACAUGGGUAUGAAGAACACCCGCCUGCCCCUCGGAUUCAUCUUCUCCUUCCCGUGCAGGCAGGCUGGAAUUGAUAAGGGCUCUCUCGUUAGCUGGACCAAAGGUUUCAAAGCCACAAACUGCGAGGGGCAGGAUGUAGUUGACAUGCUUAGGGAAGCCAUGAAAAGGAGAAAUGAUUUUGAUCUAGAUAUUGUUGCCGUGGUGAACGACACAGUCGGAACGAUGAUGACCUGCGCUUAUGAGGACCCCAACUGUGAAAUCGGACUGAUCGUGGGGACUGGGAGUAACGUGUGCUACAUGGAGGAGAUGCGGAACAUAGAGACAGUGGAGGGAGAGGAAGGGAGAAUGUGUGUGAACACCGAGUGGGGGGGAUUCGGGGACAAUGACUGCAUUGAAUUCAUUAGAACCAAGUUUGACAGAGAAGUUGAUGAAGGGUCCCUAAACCAAGGUAAACAAAGGUACGAGAAGAUGACCAGUGGCAUGUACUUGGGGGAGAUAGUCCGUCAAAUCCUCAUUGACCUCACCAAACGUGGGCUGCUGUUCAGAGGGCAGAUCUCAGAGAGACUCCGGACCACGGGAAUAUUCAAAACCAAGUUCCUGUCCCAGAUUGAGAGUGAUCGUCUGGCCCUGCUCCAGGUGCGAGGCAUCCUGCAGCAGCUGGGUCUGGACAGCACGUGUGACGACAGUAUCAUUGUGAAGGAGGUGUGCGGCGUGAUCUCGCGGAGAGCCGCUCAGAUCUGCGGGGCCGGCAUGGCUGCCGUCGUCGACAAGAUCCGGGAGAACCGAGGACUGGAGCAGCUGGACAUCACCGUCGGGGUGGACGGGACUCUCUACAAGCUGCACCCACAUUUCUCGAAGGUACUGAAGGAGACAGUGAAAGACUUGGCCCCCCAGUGUGACGUCACUUUCAUGCUUUCUGAAGACGGGAAUGGGAAAGGGGCUGCCCUCAUCACAGCUGUGGCUCAGAGCUUACACAGCCAAACGUAGUGUCAACGUCACUUUCUACUAGUUUAAUACAGCCCUCAUGAGGCUAACAAUCACUGUCAGAAUGAGAUAAUAGUGAUGGUACUUUAUAUGACCUAGAUUUUCAAAGUAUUUCAUUGUUUACCUAUUUAGUAUCCCAGUUUUGUGUGUUUUCUGUCAUUUUGUUUUUUUUCACCAUUUACCGUGAUUACAUGGUACCUGGGUCUUCGUUAAAUGUUGAAUUUGUGAGGUGGUUUUGAAAGUAGUAACCUCUAUGGGUGUGUAGCUGAAACUGCCUUUAUAAAAGUGUUAGAAAUAAAAUCAUAGCAAAGGGUAAUACAGCAUAGGUAAGCAUUGUGAAGGGCACAUAGGUAUGGUUAAGAACAUUGCAAACCAUGGUUAAUGUCCCCUCAGAAACUGAUUUUAUUUUACAUAACAUACAUAUAGAAUGUUAAACAUGUAAGUAAAUAGAUUGUCCUGAAAUGUAUAUGGUACAGUACAUCUUUUUAAAUGCAUAGACAAGUUUGGUUCAUGCAGCAUCAGUUUAAUCAUGUUGUAAUUUACUGUAACUUUUUUAAUAGAAAAAUAUUAAACUGCCAACUGAGUAUUUAAAAUUUGGUCAAGCAAUGUUUUUAAAAAUAACAACACAUGUACUGUAUAACCCUUUUCCUAAACAGUUUUGGUAACUGCAAACUUGAUUUAAUUAAUAAAAAUGGGCUUGAAAAAACAGGCCUGAACAAAUCAUUCCUUAAAACAGUAAAUUGGGCUAAUUUUCAGUUUCGGGAUUGAGCCAUAAGCAAACUAAUGAGGCAAAACAGCAGUUAUGGUUAUCUCUUAAACAUGCCUGUAAUGGAACACCUCUUUCACAAACGUUUCACAAUGAAGACUUCAGGAAAGAUUACUUGUUGAAAGGUUCGUCAAAGAUGUUUACUAAAUAGCAUUGAGUGUUUUAUAAUUACAAAGUAAUGACAGUAUAGACUAAGACAAAUCUUUAUUU